UUUUUUUUUUUUUUUUUAAUUGAGCGCCUGCUGUGUGUCGGACACUGAGUGUGCUAAGCAUUGGAGAAACAGGAGAAUGAAGUCGGGACAAGCCCUUCCAUGUGUAUCGACCUCUAAUCCCGGCGGGCGGGUCGUCUAUUCCUAACGUGUGUAUUUCUGGAGACCCCAAGAUGUGAAGGGCUGCAGGGACUAUCCUCUCCCAGAGUCUCUUCGGAGUGCGGAUCCCUUGGCUUAGGCCACGUUCCCACUUCUUCUAAACCCUUUCCCCAACCAUGUAAGGAGAGGCAGCUGCUGGGGGCGUCCCCAGGAUCUAAAGAUAGCGGCCCCUGCCUCGGAUUCCAAACGCCUCGGGGCAGCGGGAGCCGCCAUGGCACGGCAGCAUGCUCGGACCCUGUGGUACGACAGGCCCAAGUAUGUGUUCAUGGAGUUUUGUGUUGAGGACAGCACCGAUGUCCAUGUGCUCAUCGAAGACCACCGCAUUGUGUUCAGCUGCAAGAAUGCCGAUGGAAUGGAGUUUUAUAAUGAGAUUGAGUUCUAUGCCAAGGUGAACUGCAAGGACUCACGAGAUAAGCGCUCUGGCCGCUCCAUUACUUGCUUUGUGAGGAAAUGGAAGGAGAAGGUGGCCUGGCCCCGACUCACUAAGGAGGAUAUCAAGCCAGUGUGGUUGUCUGUGGAUUUUGAUAACUGGAGAGACUGGGAAGGGGAUGAAGAAGUGGAGCUGGCUCAGGUGGACCAUUACGCAGAGCUUUUGGAGAAGGUCAGGACCAAGAGGCCUCCCCCUGCAAUGGACGACCUGGAUAGACGCGCCCGGAAUGAAGAUUGUCCCGCUUCGCUCUCCGUCCGGCGCCAGGCGUUUCUGUGUGCAAGGUUACCGGCGUACUGGGAGACAGCAGCGAUGGCGUUCCAGUGUCAGCGGGACAGCUACGCCAGGGAGUUCACCACCACCGUGGUCUCCUGCAGUCCCGCGGAGCUGCAGACCGAAGGAAGCAACGGCAAGAAGGAAGUGCUGAGCGGUUUCCACGUGGUGCUAGAAGACACGCUGCUUUUCCCCGAGGGCGGGGGACAGCCUGAUGACCGUGGUACAAUCAAUGACAUCUCUGUGCUGAGAGUGACCCGCCGGGGCGCCCAGGCUGAUCAUUUCACCCAGACACCUCUGACCCCUGGGACUGAGGUACAGGUCCGGGUGGACUGGGAACGGAGGUUUGACCACAUGCAGCAGCAUUCAGGGCAGCAUCUCAUCACUGCGGUUGCUGAUCAUCUGUUUGGGCUGAAGACAACAUCAUGGGAGUUAGGGCGACUCCGGAGUGUCAUCGAGCUGGACAGCCCUUCUGUGACUGCGGAGCAAGUAGCUGCCAUUGAGCAGAGUGUCAAUGAAAAAAUCAGAGAGCGGCUGCCUGUGUAUGUGCGAGAACUGAGCCUGGAUGAUCCCGGUGUGGAGCAGGUGAGGGGCCGGGGUUUGCCGGAUGAUCAUGCUGGGCCUAUUCGAGUUGUCACCAUCAAGAGCGUUGAUUCCAACAUGUGCUGUGGGACCCACGUGAGCAAUCUCAGUGACCUUCAGGUCAUUAAAAUCCUGGGCUCUGAGAAGGGGAAAAAGAACAAAACCAACGUGACCUUUCUGGCUGGGAACCGGGUGCUGAAGUGGAUGGAGAAGAGUCACAGCACUGAGAAAGCACUGACAGCUCUGCUGAAGUGUGGAGCAGAGGAUCAUGUGGAAGCAGUGAAAAAGCUACAGAACUCCAACAAGCUCCUGCAGAAGAGCAACCUGAAUCUGCUCAGAGACCUGGCUGUGCACGUUGCCCACAGCCUCAGGAACAGCCCAGACUGGGGAGGUGUGGUCACAUUACACAGGAAGGAGGGUGAUUCUGAGUUCAUGAAUAUCAUCGCCAACGAGAUUGGGUCAGAGGAGACCCUCCUGUUCCUAACUGUGGGCGAAGAGAAAGGUGCUGGACUCUUCUUACUGGCAGGGCCAGCUGAGGCUGUGGAGACCCUGGCGCCCAGGGUGGCUGAGGUGCUAGAAGGCAAGGGAGCGGGGAAGAAAGGCCGCUUUCAGGGCAAGGCCGCCAAGAUGAGCCGUCGGGCAGAGGUGCAGGCGCUUCUCCAGGACUACGUCAGCACGCAGAGUGCAGAAGAGUGAGGGCUCGGGUGCCUCCCUGGUUGUCCGUUGACAGCCGGCCUCCUGUGACCACAGAAGGAGUCUCUUGGACGAUAAAAUAGUUUGACUUGAAAUGAUUGUGGUACCAUGUGUAUUUACAUGAUGGAUUUGAAUUUAUACAGUAUAUUCCAGUGUGCUUAUGUGAUCAGUGUCUUUGUGAAUAAACAGCUUUAUUUUUUAACAUUUAUUUUAUUGAAGUAUAGUUGAUAUAUACAAUGUUGUGUUAAUUUCUGCUGUACAGUAGAGUGAUUCAGCUACAUAUGUUCUUUUUCAUAAUUUUUCCAUUAUGGUUUAUCACAAGAUAUUGAAUAUAGUUCCCUGUGCUAUACAGUAGGACCUUGUUGUUUAUCCAUUCUAUAUAUAAUAGUUUGCAUCUGCUAAUCCCAAACUCCCAGUCCAUCCCUACCUACCCCCCACCCCCACCCCUACUAUGGCAUCCACAAGUCUGUUCUCUCUGUUUGUGAGUCUUAAACAGCUUUCUAAUUCAGCUCCUGUUAGGCACACCCUAUCCGUGAGUGUUAUGUUGAUGAACUGUAGUAAUUUAUCUAAACCCAGCUGCAGUCUUUCUUCAUGUAGAAAUGCAGCUGCCUAAGGAGAUGUGAGUCAGACCAGAGGCUUGGCUUAGGGCUUAGACUCACGUCUCCUUGUUUUCUCUUAUUUUUUCCUUAUUUCUUUUCCUAGUCUUGUGUUUCAGAAUUAAAAGGUAUCAAUGACUUUGUAAAUAGGUCAAGAGGGCACGAAAAUAUAUAGUUGAAAGAUGUUCCAAGUCUGCUAUUGAGGCAGGAAAAGGAUGGAAAAAGAUACCAGGCAAGACUAACCCAGAGAAAGCUGGGGGCAUUAUUAAUAUGAGGUAAAUGAGACUUUAAGGCUGUAACACUUUAAGAAUCAUUAUUGGCUCUGCCCCCCCAGAAAAAAAAAAAAAAGGAAUUCCCUGGCGGUCCAGUGGUUAGGACUCGGUGCUUUCACUGCUGUGGCCUGGGUUCAAUCCCUGGUGGGGGAAGUAAGAUCCCGCAAGCUGCACAGCAUGGCCAAAAAAAAAAAAAAAAGAAUCAUUAU